AUGGAGCAAAGCCGCGAUAAUGCAAGCACUAUAGCGCCAGGGACAUCCAGACCAGCGCCAUAUGGCCGAGCAUGCAGCAAUUGUGCGCGCGCAAAAUGUAAAUGUAUUCUGCGUGCUAAUGGCGACAGCUGCGAGAGGUGCUUUCGUCUCAAGAAAGUAUGCAGCCCUUCAUCGUCUAUUCGAAAAAAACGUGUUACCCCAAGAAAUUCUUCACAGGCUGCUCGUUUGGAGCGGAAACUAGAUGGACUAGUGUCUCUGCUAAGAGCGAGUUCAUCUCAAGGCAACUUAACUGAAGAAAGCUUCAAUGACGUUUCUGACAUUGUCAAUGCCGUUAAUGCCAACAACACUGCUGCUUCUACCACUAGCAGCACUGCAGCUCCAUCGCCAUCAUGCUCAUCCAAUAUCAUGAACAACAAUAAAGGCUCUCUACGACCGCCAAUGCCUUGUUUAGACUUUGACAACACACCCCACCAGGAUCAUAGAAACGCGGCAACAAAGUCAACCGCUAGUUCAUCGACACCGGGCUCUGGCGCUCCAUCACCAUUCCCAUAUAUUCUACCUCGUGAUGUAGAACCUACUGCCGAGGAGGAAAGACUUUGGUAUCAGAUAUUUAUUGACAAGUUUGUAGACCAUGCUCCAUUUUUGAGACUGAUCGUCCAAAAUAUGUCCUGCACGCAGCUGCGCCAAGAGAAACCUUUUCUCUGGCUGAGCAUCAUGUCCGUUGCUUGCCCAUUUGUACAGAAACAAUGGGAUCUAGGGCGAGCCGUAAGGGAAGUUCUUGCUCGAGAAGUUCUAGUCGAGGGUGAGCGGAACGUUGAUUACUUGCUGGGAAGUCUUUGCUUUGCUCAGUGUAUCGCUUUUUUCCAUCACAAGGCGGAACUGCUACCCUGGUCGCCAUACCUUGAUGAUUGUUUGAAGCUGCUUGACGAUGCAAAGGAGACAUUUUCCGAUGAAUUGUUGAUAUGCCAAGUCAGAUUGCAGCAAAUAUUGAGUAAUACGACUAUGUUAUACGCACGUUUGCGCGGUUCAGAGAGUGAGCAAAGCACUCGACUUGUCGUACCAUACAUUCGAUCCCUGAAGCGCCAGGUGGAAUCUCUUAGGAGCCAGAUCCCGGAACACGUUGCCGCAAAUAAAUUUAUACAGAUCGGCAUAUUGUAUGUAGAAGUGGCGGUGAACGAAGUAGCCAUGGUGCGCACACAACAUGCAGCACUCAUGAUGGAAAAAGAGCUCGAGACAAUGGAAUGUCUACUUGAGUGUCUCCAGUCAAUUCAAGCGUGGACAGAACUUUUCAGGUCGUUAGAUUACAGCGAGUAUAUCGGCAUGCCAUUUGGAUUAUGGAAACAGCUAUCCCUGAUGAUAUUCACUUUGGUGCGACUGGCAACAUUAGAGGAUCCGGCGUGGGACACGUAUCAAGUGCGACGCGCAGUCGACCUACCCGGGCUGUUGAACCAUGUUAGCACUUCCAUGAGCCAGGUGGCUAACCUGGCGCCAUGGAAGCAAAACGCAGACAACGUCCAUAGCCGGUCGAGCAAGCUGGUGGCUACCUUGACAACUUGGUCGAAAUCAGUGUACGAUGGAACGAUACCCAGUGCUCCGAUUAUAAUUCCAAAUCCACCGUUUGCACCACCUGCGAAGGAAACAGGGACAGCCAUGGAUGCUAACCAUAAUCUUAAUAAUAACAACAAUAGCAAUAAUAGCAAUAAUAGCAAUAAUCCGUUGCUUAUGAUAAACGAUGGUGCACAGCAAGUUCAAUCCGAGACAGCAGCGGCGGCAGCAUUUGCACAACAGCAGCAGGAUCAACAGGGGCAGAAUCUUUUAGUUCCAGAACUGUUUCCCUACUUCAACCAAGAGCCCUGGACGAAUGAUGGGUUUGGGUUCUGGGGCCUUUGGAACGGAGGGAGAGCCACUAUGGGAUGA